AGUGGCUAGUGGGAAGAGAUCCACUCCAGAGUAACUCAUCCUGUCGUUAUAGUCAAUCUUUGGUCUGCCAUAAAUUGUCGCUCCUGUGUGUUUGCAGUCAGAACGAAAGGUCGUUGCCACGGUUAAUGUUCAACACGAAGAAGUUGCCGCUAUAAAUUGGUGUUCUUCUGCCGGCGGCGGUAUCCUCACAGGAGCUGGAGGAGGAUGUUGACAGAUUAAAGUUGGAGCUGUAGAAGAAAUUGAACAUAUACUCUUUGGGACGAUGAUGGAGAGUCGGGGAGACAAUUAACUCUGCAGAGACAUACUGUCCCGUCUCUGGUAUGGAGCAAGACGAUGUGGCUGCCAGGGUGGAUGCAGUCUCACAGCUGAUGUACAGGAUAGAGCGUCCUGUCUACAAUGAAGCCGCACUGCAGUCGAAGCUUCUCAAACCCAAAGAAAACUCUGUCACCCUCAAAAAGAGGCUGGCACAUCACCUCCGGUGUUCAUCAGCGAGGGCCAAAGCAGCAGCUCUGAGCUUCCUACCUAUUCUGACAUGGCUGCCAUCUUAUCCAGUCAAGAAGUACUUGUUCUCAGAUGUGGUUUCCGGUCUCAGCACGGGAGUGGUGCAGCUCCCUCAAGGUCUAGCCUACGCUAUGUUGGCUGCUGUGCCUCCAGUUUAUGGUCUGUACUCUUCAUUCUACCCCGUCCUGCUCUACACCUUCUUUGGCACGUCCAGACACGUAUCAGUAGGAACAUUUGCAGUUAUAAGUCUGAUGAUCGGGGGCGUUGCGGUGAGGGAAGCACCGGACUCUAUGUUUCUUGUCCUGCCUGCAAAUGGAUCCAAUGCUUCUGCAGUCUUGGACAUAGAGGCCCGUGACGCCAGGAGGGUUCAGGUGGCCGUGGCUCUCUCAACCCUGGUGGGAAUCAUCCAGAUCAUCUUCGGUCUUCUCAGGUUUGGCUUUGUAGCGAUCUACCUCACUGAGCCCCUGGUACGAGGCUUCACUACAGCAGCAUCUCUGCAUGUGUGCAUCUCCCAGCUAAAGUACCUGCUGGGGGUGAAGACGCGUCGUUUUAGUGGGCCCCUCUCUGCUGUUUAUAUGGUCACAGCUGUUUUCAGUGACAUCACCAGCACCAACGUCUCCACUCUCAUCCUGGGCCUUGCGUGUAUUGUCUUACUGUAUGCAAUCAAAGUCAUCAAUGAACGUUUCAAGAAAAAACUACCCAUCCCAAUUCCAGGAGAGAUCAUUGUCGUGAUGGUGUCCACUGGUGUCUCGUAUGGCAUGUCUCUGUCAGAAGAGUACAAGGUGGAUGUGGUUGGGAAGAUACCAACAGGGCUUCUUCCCCCUGCUGUCCCAGAGUUCUCUCUGUUACCUAACCUGAUCACAGAUGCCUUCGCUGUAGCAAUCGUAGGAUUCUCAAUGGGCAUCUCACUUGCAAAGAUGUUUGCCCUUAAGCAUGGCUACAGUGUGGACGGCAACCAGGAACUGAUUGCGUAUGGUCUGUGCAACUUCAUCAGCUCUUUCUUCCAAACCUUUGCCAUCACGUGCUCCAUGUCGAGAAGCCUGGUGCAGGAGAGCACAGGAGGAAAAACCCAGAUUGCGGGGCUGCUGGCGUCUUUCAUCGUGCUGCUGGUUGUGGUGGCCAUUGGAUUUGUUUUCCAGCCACUGCCUCAGUCUGCACUGGCGUCCAUCAUCAUGGUCAACUUGUUGGGGAUGUUCAAACAGGUCCGGGACAUUCCUCAUCUGUGGAGGACCAGCAAGAUCGAAAUGACCAUCUGGAUCGUAGCCUUUGUAGCAUCUAUGCUGUUGGGCCUGGAUUAUGGCCUCUUAGUGUCCCUCAUGUUUGCCAUCCUGACAGUCAUCUACAGAACUCAGAGCCCUAAAAGUGGCAUUUUAGGCCAAGUUCCUGGUACGGAGCUAUACUGUGAUGUAGAUGAGUAUGAGGAGGCAGCUGAAUAUGACGGGAUUAAGAUUUUCCACUCCAACUCUUCAAUUUACUUUGCCAACUCUGACCUUUACGUGAAUUCUCUCAAGAAGAAGACAGGAGUAAACCCUGAACUCUUACAGGCUGCUCAAAAAGCCAGAAAAAAGCAGGAGGAGGGGAAGAAAAAUGGCAAGAACAACUCACCACGAAUGAUUUGUGUCAAGUUGGGGAAGCAGGGGACGACUCAGGAGGUCAUGUCCUCUAAUCACGAGGUGAAGGAGUGUACAGAUGAACACAACCAAUCAGAAUCGGAGGACGUGGUCUUCCUGAAAUCUCCUGCCACUGUCCACUCCAUCAUCCUGGACUGGACGCAUGUCAACUUCAUCGACUCUGUGGGCGCCAAAGCCAUCAAACAGGUCAUUAAGGAAUACUCCGCUGUGAACGUGCAGGUGGUGAUCGCCGCCUGCAGCAGAAGCCUAUUGGCUGAGCUGGAGAAGUUAGAGUUCUUCACCGGAGUCAUGAGCACAUGCAUGGUGUUCCCCACAGUCCAUGACGCCGCGCUGCACUGUUCUACCAGCUGAUGACCAGCAUGAGAGCAGAGCGACUCUGACACAGCCUGACUGCCGAGAGAGAGAGACAAAGCCGUUUUCCAUGGUGCUUUAUGGUAAAAAAAAAAUACAUAAAAUAAAUAAAAAAUAGGGAUAGCACAAUAUCACUUUUUCAUGUCCUGUCCAAUACUGAUAUCACAAACUGGAGAAACUAAUGAUACCGAUAUGAGUCGGAAUAGCUGUGUUAACGGCACAGCUAUUCCAAAGACAUAAUUCUCCAACAGUGUAACUUGAUAUUCUUCUCCCAUAAAGAAGAAAUAAACAGUCCACAACAGGAAUCAGCUGAAAUGCUAUUGCUGAUAUUUAUUUAAAUUUUUCUAGUCUGUGCAAAGUAUAUUGGAUUUUUGGAUUAUGUUGUUUUUUUUUUACAUUUUCCGAUAUCCAGUUCAGUGACUUGACGAGCAUCGAUACCGUUUCAUCUCAUCUCAUGUGAAAUAGAUAGAGGGCCAAUCAGGAGUGUAGGAUUAAGCCUUUCUUUUCUGUCCAUCUACGCUUGUGAGUUAUCAUUUAAGCUGUUAUAACAGUAUUUUGUAGUCGUGUGUAAGUUCACUCCUCUGCUGGAAGAACUAUGAUUUAAAGUGAGCUGCUGCUGUUGACGUUCAAGUGACGGUGAAAGAUUUGUGUUACAUGUGAUUUAAUAGUGUCCUGAUGUUGGAUGAGUGAGUAUGAGUUGGCAGUUUGUGCGCCGCAGCCAUUCAGGACUUUCAGGAACAUCACAGGUGAUACCGAUCACAUUAUAGAUGGCUUUGUUCAGAUCAAGUCAGUCAGAACAGCGUGACAGUAGGUCUGCAAUGCACUCUCGAGCUAAAUAGAACUCCUUCAUUUUAAGACGUACCUGCCUGUGAUUUUCCUACUUUGACCUUAAAUGGCUUCCGCACAAAGAGCACUUUGUAUUUAAACUAGUGAUAAUGACCAACGCUAUCAAGUUUGUUACGGUACAAUUGCACUUGUGUUCUGAGUCUAAUGUUACAGAAGUUACCAUGUUUUUGACAAAGCCUCAGUCUUGCUUUUACAGUAGAAACACAGGAUGCCUUCAAAGUUACCACAUGACUGUUUGACAUUGAACAAAGCACUGAGAGUUUACAUGUGAAAUAAACUUUAAUUGUAAGAGAACAAAA